AUCGUUGCACGAUGUCCUUUUUUCUCACCGCCGCAUUGACACUUGUCGCAGGAGAGCAUUGGGCUGGCGCUUGCCUGUGUCGGGGAAAGCCUCAUCGGCCGUGUGCUCGUUCAUCCUCGCUCCCCGGCUCUGGCGCCCGCCGGUACUGCGGUAGGUUCAAGGCUGUGGGUUACACAAAGACUUUACUAGCCUUACGGCUAUACUCAAACGAAGUUUUCAAAUAGUCACCAAACGGAGCUCGGUUAUUGAGACGAAGAAAGCUCGGGCGGCUGCUGGCUACCGAAUAGACUACUCGGGAGGUGGUCACGGGUUGAAGGCUAUCCUUUUUUUUUUUUUU